UUGAAUGUUUUGAAUCACCUGGCAGCGAAAUAAACUUCCGAUCGUUGUUGGGCCAUUCACGGAUGAGAAAAUUGUUUUCGUUUCAUCGGGAGUAGAGAGUUGAACUUUGUGCAUGAGAAACGUUUGACUGUGGUAACAUGGCAAGCCUUAGGCCAUUCAACACAUCCACCAAGGAUCCAACUUCCUUCAGAUUCAGGAACCCUCAACUAUCAUCCAAGGACUCGGAGCGCUUGGAUACUGAUAACUACAAGAUGGAAGCUCGACUAAGAGAAUUGAAACUAAGCAUGAGACGACAGAAGCAGGAGAGGGAAAACAUGCAUUCCGAUGGAUCUAUCUGGUCUUCUGGUAAGCCAGGCGCUGUCACAACACACGGCAGUGACUUGUUGAAGAAAGAACCAAGCAAGCCCUUGCACUCUAAAGGAAAGGCUAGAAAAAUCAAGGUGCUGAAGGAUUCACCAUUAGAUCUUCCAAAACGUGCGCCAGUAGCACGUUCUUUUUCUGACUCAAGUCCACCAAAGUUGAAAGGACCAGCUUGCGGACAGUGUGAACACAAAGCUGUUGCCUUGACUUGCAUGGAAUGUGGAGAGAACUACUGUACAACUUGUUUUGCCAAAUUCCAUCUGAAAGGAGCCUUGAAAAACCAUCGCUCUGUGCCCUUCCAGAAACACAACAGCUCAUCUAACUCCAGUUCUCUUGAUUCAAGUAACGGAAUGACACCGUCCCCCAAGAGCUCAACAGAUAGCUUACUCCUAAGACCUUCCAGCGCAAGCCGCAGGACCACCACAUCAACAGAUGGUGUCCCUGAACAGGUUAAGACUGUCCCCAUCAAACUCAAGGCCUCCAGGGAGAUGGAGGGAGGAACCUUUCUCCAAGGCACAUUCAGCGAGGAGGAGAGCGCACAAUCCUUUGCCCAAGCCUUAGCAGAGUGGAGAGCUGGCAGACAGAAUGGUGCCCCGGCUAGACAGAAACAGGAGGUUAAGACAGAGAGCAUUGCGAGUGGUACGUCCACCGAACCCCAGCCCAUUGAGAUCAAAUUUCAGGAAGACACGUCCAUCACCUACGCAGAUAAACUACUCAUCAAGAAGCAUCGCCGCACGGAGCUGUCCCCUUUGUCCUCACCUCGACUCUCAGGCGAUGAGACAAAGGAAACAUGCUCACCGAGGCAAGAAAACGAGAUGCUGACAAAUGGACAAGUGGACAACUUUUCAGAUGAUGAGAGUGAACUACAGGAAGAACGCCAACGUUACAUUGGCAUCUUUAGUAAAUCCAAGACACCAGAUGAAACUAGACUAGAGAGUGCCCUCUCCAUAGUUGAAGUGAUUGAGGCCCCAAUUAAUGACGUCACGGAGGUGGGUUCAGUGUAUAGUGUUGAAGAGGUCGAUGACCCCAAAUCACCAGCAUUGGAUCAGUUUGCAAGAGGGGACAGUACCUACACACCUUGUGACAUCCACAGCCCUGAAACACCAGCAGAACCCCUAAACACACAAUCAGAACCCUUAAUAAGAUCCGACGAGCUCAAGACUUCUGGUCAGUCAUCAACAAGGUUAUCAUCAUUUCAGAGAGAGCAACACCAUCCAGAAAGCAAGCCAACAAGACCUGGAUCAACUCCGCUGAGAGGCAACCCCACAGGCAAGCAGACGACAAACAAACAGCAGCGUUCAACGCCUGAGCAGUUUGAUGCCUCCAUGAGUCUUGCAUCCAUACGCUCCGCAAGAACAAAACCCGCCCAGGAGAAAAGUCCCACCAAGCCGAAAUCCAAGAGUGCGAACCCCAGAGCAGCAAGUAGACCAUUAGCAGAGACCUCGGGACUGAGAGAUGCUCCUGAAAGCAAAACACCAGUAGGGAGCGUUUCGGGACUGACAAGCAGCCCAUCCAGGGAGCUCGUGACAACCAGUCAUCUCUCCAGGCAUCCUUUGUAUCAGUACAAGGCAGGUCUAGGAGAUUUCUUCCUGGCUGGGAUGGGAGGAGAGCAGGUUGAUGUGAGCACAGAGGUUGGCAAGGAUGGUGGAAUGAUGACGCCCAUCAAUCAGCUUCCAGAAUGCUCCUACAGGGGUGCUGUGACUUCAUGGCGACCAGAUAGCAGCCUAGCAGUCGCCAUGCCAACCCUCCACGAAUCCCUCCAACCCUUCUCCCCGUCUCCUCCGCCAAAGAGCAGUCGUCAAUCCCAACGCAGUGCUGCCAAGUCCCGCCUCGUCAAGCCCCCGAGGGCCCAAGAGCCCGGGGGCGCGGAGAUCCAAGGUCGCAUGGCAAGGGUCAAGGGGGAAGGGUCUGGUACCAAGCCAUGCCCUGAUGCGGACAACACCAUCUCCUGGGUACUGAGUGAGGAGCUGUCCAAGAAGGGAAAGAGAUUGAACAACAAUAACAAUGAGACAAUAGGAAAUGAAGCACAAAGCACGGAGCAAAUGGAACCUGAUCGCAGUAGCAGUCGCAUCGAGGUGGAUGGAGACGACAUGACGGUUUAUGACAACGUGGGCAGGGAUGAUACGGAGAUGGCUGAUAAAGAAACCCUAGAGCAAUUGACCUGGGAGCUAGCCUCACAGUCCGGUAGAAUCACAGCGGAUGGUCGUCUUACCAGCAUGAGCCUCCCAGAUCCCAACGAUGACCACGACAAUGCUGAUGACAUCUACCGAGAGAACAGUUUCAGCCAAGACGCCGAGCUGGGCAUCCUGCAAGACGAUGGCAUGGGAUCGGGACUUAGCACACCCUACGACUUCCUGACAGGCGAGAGCAUCAGCUCCGAGGAAAGCGACGAGGACAGCCAAGGUUUCUUGGAGAUGCAGAGAUACACAGCCGAGGUGCAGGCAUUGAAUUAGUCAAGGCUGCUGAAUCCAGGUACUUGUGAAUGCCCUUAGGAUGUCCUGUCUGGUUUUUCCUUGAAGCAACCCCGAGCCCUUGUCCUUCGUAGUAGAAUCAUGUAUCCAGUACCAUUUCUCGUCACUCCUUAAGGACAGGCAUUAGCUUCUGAGUAGUCAGAGUGCCAGAACACUCCACAAACUGAGUAGGGUUUUAGCCAGCAGUCUUUAAAUUUGCUUUGAAGUGAACAAAACAAGGCAUCCAAGUUUCUGACAUUUUAUUUAUCCAAAAUUUAUCAAAAUGACCAACAGGGUUUCUGGAAGACGUCAAGACAAAUUCCUGGCUAAGCCCCUAGCAUUGGAAAGAUAAUGACACGUAGAUCUCUAGCUCAGGAAAACACAGUACACCUUUGUACCAUGCUAAAAUCAAGAGAAAAUAAUGCUGAAGCAGUUACACCAAAAGCUGGUUUGCUGAUAUCCAUUUAUUCCAAAAUUUUUUUACCACGGAUAUUAACUGCCGUACUUGCAGUUACCAAAAGUUUUCUCUUACAGAAAAUCCUCCUUUUAACACCAAAAAUACAUUCAUUUAAUUACAAAUUUCACAUUUGAAUGUUUGAGGGAAAGUUAUGUUUUUGUUAACACAGUCCAAAAUUGGACAUCUGUCAGGUCUAUUGUUGGAGAUCCGUCCAGACUUGACUUCACUGUCUGUGCAUAACAUUUACUGAGAAACAAGGUCUUCUGCCUGCAGAGAAAUUCAAACUUAAAAGAUGAUAACACGUACAUGUAUACACUGCUUUCUCAAAAUGUUAAGGUUUUCCGAAUGUUCGGGUUGAAUAUUGAUAGAAUAUAUUGCUGUUUUCUGUGACAUUAUUGUUCUUUACACACUGAUUCCAUCCGUUGUAAUUGUUGGAUUUUGUUUUCUUUCAUUCCGUCCAAUUUCUUCCAAGAAUGUGGUACAUGUAUAUAAAAUGUUGCUGUUACUCUGUGUAUGAAACGGAAAGUGUUUAAAUUAAAUCUGAAUUGAAAAUAGUUAGUCCCGACAAUAAAUAGUUCUUCCUUGUACUGAAUUCCUACAUUUUUAUGGACCAGAAAUAGCGUGUCCUUGAUGUCCAUUGGAAUGGUACUAAAUACAAUUGAACCUCGUUAAUAAGAGCACUCUUAAUACAAGAUUCUGCUUACAAUGAGGAAAUUGUUAGGUCCCACUCCUUUGUUUUUCAUUGUUUUCAUCCCGGAUAAUGCUAGGUUCCUGUAUAUAACAAGGUAAUUUGCCAAGUCCAAAGAACUCUUUUUAACGAGGUUCGACUGUAAUGCUUAAUGAAUAGGCUGCUCUCAUAGUUAUUUGAAUGCAAAAUAUAUUGCAAUGUGUAUCAUCAGUUCCAAGUUCCAUAUUUUGCAUACACCCUAGGGGUUUGUAGAGUUUAGGAUACAAAGUCAUUUCAAUAACCUCAAGAUUGACUGGAUAUUCUUCUAAAAUUGGGACUGUGCUUCAGCGUUGUCUAGUAAGAACGAGAUAACUGUGCAUUACGAUUUUAAUGUAGGCGUAUAAUAUACAUUGCGUACUAAAAGUUUCGUUGCAGUAAUUCCAAGUUAAGACUUCCACUUGAUUCCUGUUCAGGUAUUUUAGGAAAUUGAAUUCCGUAAAAAGUUUACAUCAAAAACUCUAAUCCUGUGCUUCGGACGUAUGGAAAGUGUUGUAUUUUCGUAGGUGAAAUAAACUACAUUAGAAGAAGAGAUGUGCUUCAUUCUGUUCAUGUUUAUAGGACAAUGAGGAAGACUGAAAUUCUCAUUUUAGAUUUGAAGAAUAAAAAUGUGUGUGAGCACGUAGGAUGUGAAA